GUGCAACAAGUGGAGCCAAGUCACAUUUGGAGGGGAAGUACCUCAAGCCAAAGGAUGUGCUCAGUUGUUGCAUCGUAAAUACCCAUAUGCCAACGAGAGGGGAAAGCACCGCUCAUCGAUGCCCUGUGCCUCAGCCCGGAGGAGGAGGAGAGAAGAGCGCACUUGUGGGUCCGAUGUGAAGCCCUGGCUGGCGUCUCAGAGCCCCAAUCAGGUGACAUUACCGACGGUGCUUGAGCCCUCCAUUGGCUGGUGGGGAAAAGGGCUGUGCGCAAAACCAACCCCGCUGCACACACUCGCCUCACAGAAGCAGAGAAGCUGAGAGCAUCAUCCGCCUUAAGCGCUCGCGCAAAGUAGACACCCUGUGAUUUGAGAACUGACUCUUCAAUACCACGCCGCUCUGCGCCCUUGGAAUUACAUUUUUUUUUCUUCUCUCUUUACCCUGAGAAGGACUUGCUGUUCUGUUGACUUGGGAGAGUUGGCUGCGUCUCUGCGCUCCAGCCCGCAAUGACUGCGCUCACGCCAAAAAACUCCGAGACCAGUGCAGAACUGAUUAAAGCGGAGGAGCUGGGAUCAAAUGGCUGCGCGUCUCACAGCUGAAACCGCACAAUGUUCCACUGACCCGAGCCGGAGGAGACAGAUCCCACCAGCCGCCGUCGUUUUAAGGACAGAAAUGGAAAAGGGGGUUUUCUUGUAGGUGAAAAACAAGUGAUUUUUUUGGGGUUUGUUUCGUGUCAGUUUUGAAGUGCGCUUGAAGAAGGAGGACGAUGAUUCGCUGGCUGAUCCUGCUGCUCUCCAUCCUUGCCGGAGCCGAUGGUCAGCUUCACUACACGGUGCCGGAGGAGCAGGAGCCCGGAUCAGUGGUUGGGAAUAUAGCGGAGGAUUUGGGGCUGGACAUCACCAAACUUUCCGCUCGUCGCUUCCAAACGGUGCCCAGCUCGCGCACCCCUUACCUGGAGGUGAACUUGGAGAACGGCGCGCUCCUGGUGAAAGAGAAGAUCGACCGGGAGGAAAUCUGCAAGCAAACCAUCCCCUGUUUAUUGCACCUGGAGGUGUUUCUGGAGAACCCCCUGGAGCUCUUUCGCGUGGAGAUCGAGGUGCUGGAUAUCAACGACAAUCCGCCCAGCUUUCCAGAGACUGACAUUUACGUGGAGAUCUCGGAGAGCGCCAUCCCUGGCACGCGUUUUCCCGUGGAGAACGCCUUCGACCCGGACGUGGGCACCAACGCGCUGAGCACCUACGCCAUUACCAACAACAACAACUUUUAUCUGGACGUGCAGACGCAGGGCGAUGGGAAUAAGUUCGCCGAGCUGGUUUUGGAGAAGCCGCUGGACCGGGAGCAGCAGGCGGUGCACCGUUACGUGCUGACGGCGGUGGACGGCGGGGUUCCUCAGCGAACCGGAACCGCUCUCCUGGUCGUCAAAGUUCUGGACUCCAACGACAACGCCCCCACUUUCGAGCAGUCGGUGUAUGAUGUCAGUUUGCGCGAAAACACGCCGGUUGGCACCGAGGUGAUCCAGCUGAACGCCAGCGAUGUGGACGAGGGCCAGAACGGGGAGAUAGUUUACUCCUUCAGCAGCCACAACGCGCCCAGGAUCAAGGACUUGUUCAACAUCGACGCCCGCACCGGUCGCAUCGAGGUGGCCGGCGAGGUGGACUAUGAGGAGAGCAGUACGCACCAGAUCUACGUGCAGGCGAAGGAUCUGGGCGCCAACGCGGUCCCCGCUCACUGUAAGGUGCUCGUCAAACUCGUGGACGUCAAUGACAACACGCCAGAAAUCGGCUUCAGCACCGUGACGGAGUCCGUGAGCGAGCAGGACGCGCCCGGAACAGUCAUCGCGUUGUUCAGCGUCUCGGACCGCGACUCCGGCGAGAGCGGACAGAUGAGCUGCGAGAUCGUGGGAGACGUUCCGUUCAAGCUGAAGUCCUCCUUUAAAAACUACUACACCAUCGUGACGGACGGACCUCUGGACAGAGAGAGCACGGAGUCCUACACCAUCACAGUGGUGGCCAAAGACAAGGGUCAGCCCUCUCUGGCGACGAGUAAAUCUAUUAAAGUGCACGUUUCUGAUGAGAACGACAACGCGCCCCGUUUCACACAGGUCGUCUAUGACGUUUACGUGACAGAGAACAAUGUUCCCGGCGCGUUCAUUCAUGCUGUGAGUGCCUUGGAUCCUGAUGUGGGACAGAACGCUGUCAUUACAUACUCCAUAUUGGAGUGUGACAUCCAGGGCAUGUCAGUGGACACCUACGUGUCCAUCAACCAGGACACCGGGUACCUGUACGCGCUGCGCUCCUUUGACUAUGAGCAACUGAAAGAGUUCAGUUUCAUGGUGCAGGCGAAGGACUCCGGGGCUGUGGAACUCUUCUCAAACGCCACUGUCAACGUGAUCAUUGUGGACCAAAAUGACAACGCGCCGGCUGUCAUCGCGCCGGUUGGUAAGAACGGCACUGCCAAAGAGCACUUGCCCCGCUCGGCUGAGCCCGGGUACCUGGUGACACGCAUCGUCGCCAUGGAUUCCGAUGACGGGGAAAAUGCACGGCUGUCGUACAGCAUCCUGAGAGGGAACGAGAUGGGAAUGUUUCGCAUGGACUGGAGGACCGGGGAGCUGAGGACGGCCCGCAGGGUCUCGCCAAAGCGGGACCCCCAGGGCUUCUACGACCUGCUGAUUGAGGUGAGGGACCAUGGGCAGCCCCCGCUUUCCUCAUCCGCCAGUGUGAGUGUAAUAAUAGUGGACAGCGUGGUCGAAGGCCGCAGCGGGGAAAGAGGCACGGCCUCUGGGGCCAAGGAGACCUCCCUUGAUCUCACACUGAUUCUCAUAAUAGCCCUGGGCUCCGUCUCCUUUAUUUUCCUACUGGCCAUGAUCGUGUUGGCCGUCCGCUGCCAAAAGGACAAGAAGUUGAACCUGCACACCUGCCUGCUGGCCGGGGAGUGCUGCAUGUGCUGUGCCCCGUGCUGCAGCAGGCAAGUCCGGGGUCGUAAGCAGAAGAAGCUGAGCAAAUCUGACAUCAUGUUAGUCCAGAGCACCAACGUGACGUCAGGAGUCGGCCCGGUGGGGCAGGUGCCUGUGGAGGAAUCCGGCGUGGGAGGCGUGGGAGGAGGCUUCGGCUCCCAUCACCAUCAGAACCAGAACUCCUACUGCUACCAAGUGUGUCUGACCCCGGAGUCGGCCAAGACGGAUCUGAUGUUCCUGAACCCUUGCAGUCCGUCUCGCAACACUGACACUGAUCACAACCCCUGUGGUGCUAUAGUGACCGGAUACAGCGACCAGCAACCGGACAUUAUAUCCAACGGCAGCAUUCUGUCCAGUGAGACCAAACAUCAGCGAGCAGAGCUCAGCUACUUGGUGGACAGGCCAAGACGUGUCAACAGUUCCGCUUUCCAAGAAGCUGACAUAGUGAGCUCCAAAGACAGCGGUCAUGGAGACAGUGAACAAGGCGACAGUGACCAUGAUGCCACCAACAGGGGCCAUUCAGCCGGUGCUGAUCUGUUCUCUAACUGCACGGAGGAGUGUAAGGCUCUUGGCCACUCUGACCGCUGCUGGAUGCCGUCCUUUGUGCCAUCCGACGGGCGCCAGGGGCCCGACUACCGCAGCAACCUUCACGUCCCAGGGAUGGACGCCACGUUACCUGACACUGAGGUACCCUCCUCCGUCAACCUGUCCGACCAAGUCGCCAUGACCUCGUCCACUGCCUCGUCCAGCGAUAGGUCAUUCUCCACCUUUGGCAAGGAUGGUCAAAGGUCACAGUCACACAACAGCCUUCACCAUCACCUUCAUCCGCAACAACAGCAGUACAGCUCCAGCACGCUAGAGAGGAAAGAGUAUGAUAGGGGGACGCUCCCGUACAAACCUACCUUUCUCUGUGAGUAUCAGUAUGAAAAUUCUUUAGGACCAUAUGACUUUGGUCUGGUCCAGUACAGAUACUAGAGAAGGGGAAGAUGAGCAAUUGGGACAUUUUUUUUUUCUUAAAUAUUUGUUCUAUCUCUUCUAUUUUAAGGAGAUAUAAAUUGUGGCUUUAUGUUCUGCUGGAUUGUUUUCUCAUAUAUGUUUUAUUUUGUUUGUUUUUAUUUUAUACCAUUUUGUCACGUGCUGUGUCAUAUGUAUAAUAUUUUCUAUUUCUAACUCCCCUUCUCCAAAGUCUGUAUAAAAUAGAUCUAACCCCCACUUUGAUUUCACACUGUCUGUAAUCAUGUAACUUAAAAAAUAAAAUCAGUUUGAAUCAUAAUCGCACCGAUUUUGAAGUGGCCCAUUUUUCUUUUCCCUCUAAAUUCCCUGUGGGAUCCUUUUUUUUUCCUUCCAUUGAAUCUUCUUUAUCUGAUGCUCAUACAAGCAAAGGUCUCCAUCAAAGGAAACUCGUCGCCUUUGUCCUUCACACCAUCCAUCUCACACGCGUCCCUGACAAUGCUAUGUGUAUCAAAAGUAUUUUCAUUUCCCAGGUCAUCCUCUGUUAAGAACUCAUAUUAAUAUUCAUCAAUAUUUAAAUCCUCAGGAUGACUUCCCUACUCAUUUGCUAGAGUGCUCAGGCAUGUUCGAACUUCAAUGUGUCACCUCCUUUUAAAAGAGCCUUCUGAAAUUCAGAAUGACUUAGCAAAUAGUGAGUGCAGUUACGCGUAAGAAACUUCAAGAGUGGCCUUCUCAACAACCGUGUCAUCAGAGUUCUAAAGUGCCUUGAGGCUGAUGGGUGGCAGAAGUACCAUUGUUGAAGGAACUGGAUCAAUUUUGGAUGAAGGGGAAAUCACAAUCUUUUCCCCAAGAGGAAAAAAAAAAACAACCCUGGCACUAUUCAUCCAUGUUCUUCAUGUUACUAAAUAACAAUUAAGUUCAAAAACGAUUUAUUUACAUUGUUCAAAAUUCCAAAUUUGGAAUUCCCCUUCAAGUCAGCGCCAACCAACAAGAGUUUGGAUGGAUGUAAAACACAUUACAUUUCUGAGUAUGUCAUCGUUUUUUAAACAUUAAAUAAAGGUUUUGACUUCCAGUAAAAAAAAAAUUACCGUAUAAGCACAGGUUCCCUCCAUUUUGAAAAAAUGGACAGAGGCAUUCUGUGAAACAAUGAUUCAUGUAAUUUCAAAGUUUCAACACAUCAACUGAAAUUGUUUUAAAUGAUGAUGUUUUUAAAUUUCAUGACUCCAAAAUAAUCAGUUGGAACAUUAUAGAAGUUGAAUUUCGCUUCUUUCAAUCUAGAUUUCAACUUCCUGUUUGCAAGCUCCCUAUAGAGUAUAUUCACCUCGGGAUCACAAUUUGGGAGACAUACCAAUUUGAAGUCAAGGACUGAAUCACGUCUGACGCAACAAUUAUGGGACGAUUUUCUGGAGGUUGUAGGACGGGAAAGUGCUCAUGCCAUAAAUGUCCUUGAGGUUAGUGGUUGUUGUUGUCACUCUGAAUGAGGAGGGUCUCUCUGAAUUACAUGAGGAGGCAAUUCUUUACAGCCGGAAAAAUAUAUUUAUGCACUGAAGCGUCUACAACAAGCGCUUGUUUUCCUGGCUGUUGGAGUCGAAGUGAGAUGGUGGAUCAUAUCUGUGUAGUCUUUCAACACGGAGCCACAAGGCUCUUUGGUCUGCUCACAAACUAUCGUAGCCUCCUUCUGGUCAUUUAUAUCAAAACCAGACAUUGACCCUCAACCCGCCAAGUCACAAUUUGAACAAUGUCGGCGGAUUAAAAAAAUCCCAUUUUUACCCGACAGGAUUUCAAGAGAGAUCACUUGGACAUAUGGACAAGACUUUAGUGAUGAUUUUGAAAUCCACAAAUUGAGGCGUGAGGCAUCAGACUGCUGGAUGAAGUGAUGUGCCAGCAGGAACGUGACGUUUUGCUGAAGAGCCAAAAUACCAGUGAUUUGAUUUACCAUUGAUCUGUGUUCCUGCUGGACCUCUGGCCCCCAGCUGGAGGUGGGGGCCAAAGAAGUCAAGAACUCGCAGACAGAAUUAGUUUCCUCAGCAGGGAGUUCUGACUUCAAUUUGGAGAUGACGGGGUUUGAUACCCAGGGUUCUCACCCUCACCAUGUCCGUCUCCUCAACUGUACAAAUGAGAGCCGAGGAAGGUGGCAUCAGACAAGUUGACGGACACGUGCGAUAGAGAAUGAGGCAUGACUCAAUAUACUGUUUGCAUUGGGAAAACCACUCAACCGCCCCGAGGUCAAAAGAAUGUUUGAGCAAACAAACCCAUGAGCUGCAGGCCAUAUCUAUGCCCCAUCCAACAAAGCUGGUCUGUGGAUUUAGCUCAGUUAAAAUCCAAGGUUGAACUCAAAUAUGACAAAUUAAUUUGCCUAAUGAAGUUUACAUGAAUAAUUUCUCCAAUAAAAAAUGUUUCCUUGUGCAUUAUUGAGCAGCUCUUUGUGGAUGCCCAGAAGAAAAAAAAAAGAAAAGUAGCAAGCCAGGGGCUGCUUUCAUUUGCUUUCCAUGCUUCCAGUUGCCAUGAAUAUUCCAUUAGCCCUGAGAGUAGAGAAUGGAUUUGAUAUACACAUUCAGUGGAGAAGUCAUUUCCAGUUAAGUCACUACCAUGCUAACCACCAUCCGCCAUGAUACCACAAGCAAACUAAGCAGUGCCUCUCAGGUAAAUGAAUGUUUGUGACCUGGCAAAGGAAGGAAAACAAUCUUCCGAACAUACCUCAGGUCUGUGCAAAAAAAAUAAUUGGUAUUUCGCCUUCAGGUGUCAGAGGCUGCUUUUCUCCUGAUUCUGCACAUUGGCCUUGCAGCGCCAGGCCAAAUACUCCUCAUAUCUCACGCAUUUGUACAUGUGUUAUGUGUGUUCAUUUGUUCACUUUUUUCAUGAAUCUUUAAAAGGCAAUGCAAAAAAACCUGUUUUGUUGCGUUUUGAAACACAACCGUACACAGAAAGAACAGCCUGUAAUGGGAAUAUUUUACCUUUUAAACUGCACAAGCGAAUGGUUUUGAUGCCUUGAUAGAGACUGUGUGAAUGUUUAAUGAUCAGUUUGUUGAAAAUGAAUGAGGCAAUUAAUCUGCUGUGUAUUUUGUACCCAUACAUAAUGCAACUGCAAAAUUUCAAACAUUUAUCUCCACUCGCUCAUGGAGUCGAAUGCCCAAUUCCCAAAUUAGUCUCUGCGUUGUGGUCGGAUGACCAGCCUUUUGGGUAUAAAAAUAGCUUCACAGAGAGUCCUCUGUGGCACGUAUCCUUCAACAGACAGUGUUUCGAACAGACUGUGUCACUAAAAAGUCUCGCGGGAAACUUUUAUUUGUCUUAAUGACUGUAUUCUUUGUCU